AUGAACAUGCAAUCUUUGACACUACUUGUCUUGGCUUAUGACAGACUGGUUGCUAUUUGUUUUCCUUUACGGUAUCAUGCCAUUGUAACCAAACCAGCCAUGUUUCUGAUCAUAGGGGUAAUAUGGAUUUUUUCGGUGACAUUUUUUUCUGUACUUGUAGGUUCUGUGAAUAGACUUUCUUUUUGUGGAUCUAAUGUGCUUGAUAGUUAUUUUUGUGAUUAUGGCCCUAUCUAUAGAAUAGCUUGUAAUGAUAAUUCUCUAAAUAUUUUGUUGGGUAAAAUUUGCUAUAGUCUCCUGAUUUUUACACCACUGAUAUUGAUCUUCAUUUCAUAUUUCUGCAUUGCUCUGGUUUUGUUUAAGAUUCCCCAUGGUGUUGACCGGAUCAAGGCCAUAAAAACCUGUACCUCACAUCUCCUGUUGGUGGUAAUAUUUUAUAUUCCGAUUUUGAGCAAUAAUAUUGCAUCGAUAAUAACACCUUUGCAUCCAAACACCAGGAUAAUUAACAAUUCCCUGACGCAGACAAUACCACCUAUGCUGAAUCCCAUCAUAUACACUCUAAAGACAGAGGAGGUCAUGCAAUCCAUAAAAGAACUGUACAAACGCAGCAAAGUGAACACAAGCACAGAAAUAAGAGUGAAAUGCAGCAGGAGAAUUUUAAAACAAUAA